AUGACUGACCAAUUUAUCGCUUUAGACAAACUUUUGCUAGAACUGGUUUUCCAGUCUGAGCAAGAUUCAAAUGCUAAGGAAGAUGCAAAACAACAGAUUACUUUACUCUGUACAAAUAUAAGAGAAAUAAAGAGGAAUAUUUUUACUCUACACGACAAAAUAAACACAAUUGAUGAUGAAAUUGCUCAUUACAGUAAGGAUAGCAAAUAUAUGAAGGGUGACCAUACCAACUGGAGGCCAACACAUGAUGUUCUUCAUAAACAUGAAGAGUAUUUGCAGGACCAACUUCAGAAGCAACAGGAAACUACUGAAAAAGACAAAAAAAUGUAUCAUGAGUAUGUGAGACAGUAUAAAGAUGUCUUGAAGCAAUACCAGCUACAGUAUUCAGAAACUCCUCUUGCUCAAGAGUAUUAUAAGAAUAAAACAGAAAUGGAAGAAAUAAAAAACCGAAUAUUAACAUGUACUGAGCAGUGUAAAAUUAAGGAAGCUAUUCUUAUGGAACGUUCAGUGCCUGCUCCUUUUAAAUCACUUCCUCAAUGGACGUUACAAAUUGUUCAUUUGAGAUCUAAAACUGAAGACAUCCUUAAACGUGCUUCAACUUUUAUCCACAAAUCAUCUAAACUGAAGGAAGAAGCAGAUGAAAUAGAAAGAAAAAUUAAUUAUUUAAAUCAGCAGACUGCAAGAAUUUCGGAAACGAAGAACCUUUCAGAAAUCCUAGAAGAAAAAAGUAAAGAAUUAAAAAAAACAAAAGAAUUUAAAGACAGAAUUUUUGAAGAACAUGGAUAUUUUCGUGUAUUAGAUGAGAAUCUUCAAAAUAGUCAACCCUUUCUUCCUUAUAGUUCUCAGAACUUAGUCAGACCUGUAAGCAGUGAGAGACAUUUCUCAGAACCAAGAGGAACAGAUGAAAAAGAAGAAAGUUCAUCGAGUAAUUCAACACUUGCCAGGAUUGACUUCAGACCAAAGAGAAAGGCAAUACUGGAAUUUGAUGACUGUGUGAGGAACAAAUAUUCUAAAGUUUCAGCUCUUAGAAGUACACAAAACUUGAUGCAAUUCAGAUCGUUGAUUCUUGAGAAACAAUCAAGCUAUAAGCAAACAUUUGACAAAGGAAGUACAGAUUCUGAGUGUGGAGAAAAAGAAACAGAAAGAGAAUUAAAAGAUUCACCAGAUAUCCCACAAGAUGGCCACAGAGAACACAUGGGCAAAUUAGCAGAGGAUAAUCAUGAUGAAACUGAAGAAAACACUGAAAAAUUUCCAAGUACUCCUGAAAUGCCUCAAUUUUUAAGAACUCCUGAAUUUUUGAAAACACCUGAAUGUGUGGAGAAAUUAGAGUUUUCUAAAAGUCCUUCAUCUGAACUGCUUAGAAAUAUAGGACUUGAAGCCAAAUCACAAAAGACACCACAUGCAUUUUCUUUUCUUAUGGGUUCUUCCACAUCACCUGGAUUUAAUUUAUUUGAGUCUUCUGAAUUUGGAAAUGAAAACUUGCCAGAUCAGUUUGAUGAAAAUUAUUCUUCAGGAAAUUUAAAUCCUGCCUCCUCACAAAAAGAUAUUGGAGGCUUAUUUGGAAAAUUAGAAGGAGAAGAUACUUUUACAUUCCCAUUUUCAUCAGAACCUUCAACUCAUACAUUUGGAGAUGGAAAAGAUGACUUUAGUUUUUCAUUUUCAUUUGGACAGGAUCAACACUCAUCACAUUCUUCCUCUUCAAACAGUUUUCCAUCUUCACAAAAUUCAAAACAGUUUACUUUUUUUUGA